ACAAAGCGUUGCUGGCCAGAGAGUUCCAGUGGUUGCCUGCUUCGGUCGGGCCCUGUUGACGUUUAACAUUUAUCUCUGGAUCUGCUGUUAAUCAUUCAUAAUGCCUACCAUUAAACUGCAAAGCUCUGACGGGGAGAUAUUUGAGGUGGAUGUUGAGAUAGCGAAGCAGUCUGUCACGAUCAAGACAAUGUUGGAAGAUCUGGGUAUGGACGACGAAGGCGAUGAUGACCCCGUCCCACUCCCAAACGUGAACGCAGCCAUCCUCAAGAAGGUGAUCCAGUGGUGUACCCACCACAAAGACGACCCCCCUCCUCCAGAGGACGAUGAGAACAAGGAGAAGAGGACGGACGACAUCCCCGUCUGGGACCAGGAGUUCCUCAAGGUGGACCAGGGGACCCUCUUUGAGCUCAUCCUGGCUGCCAACUACCUGGACAUCAAGGGGCUCCUGGACGUGACGUGUAAGACUGUGGCCAACAUGAUCAAGGGCAAGACCCCGGAGGAGAUCCGGAAGACCUUCAACAUCAAGAACGACUUCACGGAGGAGGAGGAGGCCCAGGUACGUAAGGAGAACCAGUGGUGUGAAGAGAAGUAGAGUACACUACCAGCUGAGAGGGUCCCCCCCCACACACACACAGGCACUGUUCAUACUGUUAAUAUUUACACUCUGUAGAGCUAGAGGCAGACACCCCCCCACACACCUGUACUCCAUAGCAUGGCUGUUUCCAUCGCUUCUGUGGUGCAGAAUAAUUUAAAUAAAGGCUUGUUCCUGUUUUACUUCACGUGCUUCACUUCACCUUGAAUAUAAGUUUAGUCUGGUCCAUUUUCUCCCCCCUCUCUCUCUCCCAACCCCCCCCCCUCUGAUUUCAAGAUUAGAUGCAUUCUGCCCAGUUUUGAAUUGCUCUGAUUGUCUUUUAUACUGGACAUGUCAUUGUUUUUGUUGUUGGGAGUCAACUGAGAAAAUCGUUUUUUUUUGUUGACAGUUGACAAAUGAGCCCAGUGCUAAUUGUUUUGUAAAAGCAGGCUCUUUGUGGUGUCCUCUCCGUCACAUGAAGGGGAUGAUCGGCUCUAGGGUAUUGUGUACGGGGUGAAAUGUGUGUAAACAUGUCCUGUGGACUGGAAAUAGCUGUGUCUGUCGCAGGCGAGGUGUUCUCCUCGGAAAACCUUUUUUUUUUUUUCUGAGUUCUGCUCUGAAGGUGACAUUUAGGAAUAUCAACCAUUAUAAGUUCCAGAAGUAAAUGAAAUAAAUACAAAAAAAAAAA